AGUUAUAUGUUUCUUUUUCAAAUCUCUUGGUCCGUUGGGAAGGCAGAACGUGGAGGACAAUAGUCGGAGCAGGAGUGGGUACGUCGUGUUUGGUUGCGGUUAAUGUGGCAGUCUUCUCCUCGAUUCGCGAGCAGUAACAUCGACGGUUUGCCGAACACGCCACAGCCCUUCGGUUUGUGACGUGAGAAGUGAAUGCCGCGGUCUGACCCACGGUAAAGUUCACGUCGUUUACUCUCUCUCUCCCCCACCUCCGUCCUUCCAAUCUCCUUCGAAGGCGUCCCUCUGACUUCUGGUCUUACCAAGAAAAUAGUUGCAAUAGAAGAAACCAGAGGCUUAUAUCUUCUCUGACAUUCCAAAAUUGGCUUCAAGGAAGGGGCAUAGCUUUUGAAGGUGGCCUAAAUAAGAAGAGAAAAUGAGUGAAGUACAAACAGAUGAGAAUAACGAGAUCUAUGGGAGAACAAGAACUUCUGCAGAGGCAAAGGUUAGCUCAAAAGAAGCUGUUGAAAUGGCACAAUAUAAUGUGGGCUUGCAAUCUGGGCAUGAAAAAAUAAAGAGAAAGAAGAAGAGGAGCCAUAUUGCCUCGAAUAAUAAUGCCAUUGAUCAUGACCCUCAAGAAGGUACUGCUGUAAUGAAAAGUAGUGCCCUUGGAAAAGGUCCAACAUUGAGUUCAUCAAAGAAAAAGGAGAAAAGGAAGAAGCAGAAGAGGCAACAUAAUUCCCCAGAUACUACCUCGGAAAUUAAAGAUACAGAUCAUGAACCUCAAGUGAGUAGCUGUCUCUUCAUUUUGGAUGUGACAAAUAAUUUUGAGAGUGGGAAUUCUAAUUCUGCUUUAGAAGUUGCAGACACGGACUCAAUGGGGAUAAAGAAGAAUUUUGACAAGUCCACGGUAAAAGCCUUAGUCUCUGAAAAGUUUCAUAGUUUUGAGAAGACGGAAAAUAAUAGUUCAAUGGAAAAACAUGAUGAUGGUGCGAAGGUUAAUGAUAUUUUGCGCAGGAAUGGGAGAAUGAGAACAUAUCGUAGGAAAAAACAAAUCAAAACCUAUUCUAGGAAAAAAAGGCCUGUUGUCUCAUUGAUAAAUAGUUUGGACAAUAAGGACAGCAGCUUACAGAUUAUUCCAAACAGUUCAAUGAAAGGAACCUCUGCUAAGUCUUCUGAUGAAGUCCUUGCAUCUGGCUUUUCAGGGAAUAAGUUGAUCAAAAUGCUGGGACAUGGCACCUUGGGGCAGGUUGUGGAAAGUGAAACAAGGAGGGAAUUGUCUGUAGAUUUAUCUUGUGAACCUGCUUUUGAGGAAAACAAUAAGAGAAUGAGGAUGACUUUUAAAGAGUCUGAUAAGGAACAUUGUUCUGUGCAGAAUGUGUGUGAUCUAGACACUUUGGAAAAGGCUUUUGAACAAACAAGGCUAGAUAAGGUCCAGAAUGCAAUACUGGAUGGGUUAUCUGUUGAGGAAAAUUCAAAAGCAGCCACACCUUAUUGCAUGGACAGAUCUUCUGAGAGCACCUCUGGCUUUGAACCUGCCAGCAAGCACCUGAAACAGAAGAACUUGGAGAUUUUGACCCCUUCACCAGAAGGACCUCUAAUUGGCCUUUCUAAGAGAAAGCUUCUUAUCCUAGAUGUCAAUGGACUGCUUGCUGAUAUUGUUCCAUAUGUUCCUGAAGGGUAUAAAGCAGACAUAACAGUUGGAAGGAAAGCAGUUUUUAAAAGGCCUUUCCAUGAUGAUUUUUUACAAUUCUGCUUUCAGAGAUUUGAUGUGGGUGUUUGGUCUUCAAGAAUGAAGAACAAUGUGGAAAUGGUGCUUGAUUUCCUUAUGGGAGAUUCCAAACAUUGUUUACUUUUUCGCUGGCAUCAAUCUCACUGUACUGACACGGGGUUUAAUACUAUUGAAAACAAGAGUAAGCCCCUAGUUUUAAAGGAGCUUAAAAAGUUAUGGGAAAGGCAUGACCCAAAUCUUCCAUGGGAGAAAGGAGUCUAUAAUGAAUCAAACACACUUUUAUUGGAUGAUUCACCAUACAAGGCCUUGCGCAAUCCUCCACAUACUGCAAUCUUUCCACGUACAUACUGCUAUAAGGACAAGGAAGAUAAUUCACUAGGACCUGGAGGUGAUCUUCGGGUUUAUUUGGAAGGGUUGGCCAUGGCCGAGAAUGUUCAGAAGUAUGUUGAGCAAAAUCCAUUUGGUCAACGAGCCAUCACCGAAGCAAAUUCAUCUUGGGCAUUCUAUCGCAGGGUUCUCAGCGCUGACACAGCGCAACCUGUAGACCAUACCAGUAAAUACUCUGCUUGUGGUUAGUGAGAGAGCUGGCCGAUCAUAGAAAUAUAUCCACAUUCAAUUUUUUGCUCCAAGCAGCGAAACUGAAGCUGCCUUACAGGGGAAUUUUAUGGUGCUAGAAAAGAUGCCGGCGAUAUUCUGCACGGAGGGCCCAUAAUCAUUCAUGUAAAUACUCUCUCCAUGCAUUCAAAAUCCAUGCCUGACAACCAUCCUUGCAUUAGUAGCCGUUCUUCAGUUUUGGGCCUCGCUCCAAGCAAGAAAAUUUUGUAUGUGAUUUUUGCCCCUGAUCACCGCACAAGAUAAUCUCUUUUUGGUGGUAGUUCUAAAAUUUAAACGCAAAUUGUUGUUUGCAGUUUUCUUGUUAUAGCUCUAAUAUGAAGACUCAAAUGGCUGUUUUGUAAUAUAGCUGUGGAAUUGUCUUGAUAGAUGCUUCUGAGUAGGCAGUUUACAUUGUGAAACCUGGCCUUGGAUUUCCUUCAAGAAAUGAAUCUUUAAUUUGACCAA